GACACGGGACCGGGAGCUGCGGGGCCGGCAAGGCUGAGGCAUCAGACCCUCCCAGGGUUUCCCAUAUACACUGAAGCAAAGGAGCUUCUGGAGAUGGAAGGAAACCAGAUAACCCUGGACAGCCUUGACACAGGUACAGAUAAUCCAACUUUCAGCUUUGAGGGAGAGAACAGACACUAUGAGGAAUGCGGUGGUCCACGCAGUGAGAACCAAGAGGAGAGAAGAGAAGGGAGAUUCUCCUCUUACCGCAGGAAGGCCCUGCAGCCAGCAUCCAAGGCAAAGCACUUCUGCAAGGCUCAUGCCAAGGUGUUGAGAGGAGUUGUCCUAGGGCUCCUUGGAGUAGCCUACCUGUGCUACUUAAUUGCGGCCUGUUACCUCAACUUCCAGCGAGCCCUUGCCUUGGUGGUCAUAACUGCUGUGGUUGUCUUCUUUAUCUGCUGGGAGGUUUUCCAGAAGCACUAUGGGGCAAAGGUUCUGCUGCUCCUCCGCCCUGUUGGGAAGUGCUCAAAGUCCUGGCCGUGGCUGAAAUGGCUCCUGUGGGUGGCCCUCCUGGCAGGCCUGAUUGUGUGGCUGGUUUUGGACACUGGCAGAAACCCAGAGCAGCUCAUCUCAUUAGGUGGCUUCUGCUUUUUGGUGCUGUUCCUGUUUGCCUGCUCCAAGCACCACGGUGCGGUGUCCUGGAGAGCUGUUUUCUGGGGUCUUGGUUUGCAGUUCUUACUUGGACUCUUUGUCAUCCGAUCGACUCCUGGCAUCCAAGCUUUCCAGUGGCUGGGAGACCAGGUCCAGUACUUCCUGGGCUACACCACAGCUGGCUCCAGCUUUGUCUUUGGGAACACACUCAUUGAAGAAGUCUUUGCCUUCCAGAGCCUGCCCAUCAUUGUUUUCUUCAGCUGUGUGAUGUCCAUCCUCUACUAUCUCGGUAUCAUGCAGUGGCUUAUUCUCAAGAUCUCCUGGCUGCUUCAAAUCUCAAUGGGCACCAGUGCCACUGAGACCCUCAGCGUGGCAGGGAACAUUUUUGUGGGACAGACCGAAGCCCCGCUGCUCAUCCGCCCGUACCUCGCAGACAUGACCCUGUCAGAAAUCCAUGCUGUGAUGACUGGUGGCUUUUCCACCAUUGCAGGCAGCGUGAUGGGUGCCUACAUAUCCUUUGGGAUUGAUGCAGCAUCACUGAUUGCAGCUUCUGUGAUGGCUGCGCCCUGUGCCCUCGCCAUGGCCAAACUUGUCUACCCUGAAGUGGAGGAGUCCAAGUUCAAGGGCAAAGCAAGUGUCCACCUCUCCCAUGGGGAAGAGCAGAACAUCUUGGAAGCUGCUAGCAACGGGGCUGCCACCUCUGUGGGGCUUGUGGCCAAUAUUGCAGCCAACCUCAUCGCCUUCUUGGCCGUGCUGGAGUUCAUCAACGCUGCCCUGCGCUGGUUCGGGGAGAUGGUAGACAUCGAGGGCCUUACCUUCCAGGUGAUCUGCUCCUAUGUCCUCAUGCCUUUGGCCUUUCUCAUGGGAGCAGACUGGGCAGACUCACCGCUGGUGGCUGAGCUCCUGGGGGUCAAGAUCUUUCUGAACGAGUUUGUGGCGUACCAGCAGCUGGCCACGUACAAGAAGAACCGUUUGAUGGGCCUGGAGGAGUGGGACGGGAGCCGGAAACAGUGGAUAUCUGAGCGAGCUGAGAGCAUCACCACCUUUGCCCUCUGUGGAUUUGCCAACUUCAGCUCCAUUGGCAUCAUGCUGGGAGGCCUGUCUUCCUUGGUGCCCCAGCGCAAGAGUGACUUUGCCUCUGUGGUGCUGCGGGCCCUGUUCACUGGCAUGUGUGUCUCCAUGCUCAAUGCCUGCCUGGCAGGUCUCCUCUAUGUGCCAACAGAGGUGGGGGACUGCGCCAUGUUCUUCAGCACCACCAACUUCAACUCGACCAGCUACACCAUGUACACGUGCUGUAAGCAGCUCUUUGCCAGCUCAGUGCUGCAGAAUGGGACUCUGUCCUUCAUGGGAUCCUGGGCUGAGCAGGCAGAGAGCGUGCUGUGGCUUAAGGAGUGCUGUGCAUACUACAACCACACGACGUGUGCAGGGACAUUCUAGGAUGGGGGGAGCACCAGGGCCUACAAGGCCUAUCCCCAAAAGCAGAAAAAACCCCAACAGAAACCCGAGUGUCUGGUCUUCUCCACUCCAGGGCCGACUGACAGCUGCGUGCACCUUGCAACCUGCACUCUUAGGUGCUGGCCCUGCAGACACAAUGGAGCAGCUCCCAAAUAAAUUAUGGCAACCCUUG